UCAAGGACAAAAGAAGCAAUAUACAAAAUUUAAUUGACAAUAAAAUAAAAUAAAAAGAAAUCGCCACAAUAACGCACCCACUAUUUCUCCUUCCGUUCCCCUUCUUCUUCCUCCUCACUGUAAAACACAGAGAGCCUCCAUUUCUCCUUCAUUUCUCUCUCCCUCUCUCUCUAUACACAGAUUAUUCAUCAUAGACUUUUUUUGGUUUCUCUUUCUGUUUUAUUCUCCCCUCUGGUGAUUGUUACGAGAAGAAGAAGACGGAGGAGGUUUCUUAAUCUUCCGCGUUCUAUCGGAGGAAAAAAUCAAUGGAGGAUAAGAACUGAACGAAUCUGAAAACUAAUCGCAGAUCGGAUUCAGAAAACUUAUCAUCACUGAAAUUCGAAUCGGAUUUUUCUUUCUCUUGGGUAUAUAUAAUAAUGAUGAGGUAUCAGAGAGUAAGCCCAGAUUAUCUUCCUCUUACGAAUACCAAAAAGCCCUACUUAAGACCUUCACCUUCCAGAUCCAACGAUAACGGAAGAACAGCCGCAACCGCCGCGAUUUCAACCGGAGUGGGAAGAUUCAUCGGAACGAGCACCAGCAUCAGCAGCUCAAAUCUCGACGGAGUCCCCAAAGGAAUCCGAUUCAGAUCCACUUCUAUCACCACCACUACACAACAACAAGAAGACGAUCCCUCUCACGAUUCCACUCCAAACCCUAGCCGUAACAGCAGAGGCGGAGGAGAUGGAUUGUUACAGUGGGGGCAACGGAAACGAUCACGUGCCUCCAGAACCGAGAUCCGAUCCGUUACCGUCGCUGCAGAUGAUUCGUCUUCUUCCUCCGGACAAAGUUUGAUUCCGCCGAAUAAGAUUCAGAGAAGAUCGAGGAACCCGUCUAUGCCGCCGCCGUCACUGUCAUCGUCGCCUCUCUGCGGCGGAGGAGGACGGAGUACGAAUCCGAGAAACGGUUUCGUCAUCGGCAAGGAAUCAUCUAGAUUCGUCCCUACCAGAUCGACAGCCACCGGUGUUAGUGGUGGUCGUAUGGCGUCUAGAUCGGCCAACGUUGGUUCUAAGCGAUCUCCUCCUUCUCCAGACAAGACUGAGACGAGAUCAAACGGCAAGGAUCAUCAUCAUAAUCAGAGACAGAACGGGUUAGAUCAAAGUCAUCAUCAAAGGAUGAAUAGAUCAGAAUCAACGGCUCAGAUUCACACAGAGAUUGAGAUGAAUAAUGGGGAGAAGACAACAACACAAGUGGAAGUAAAAGAGUGGCCAAGAAUCUACAUUGCUUUGUCUAGAAAAGAGAAAGAAGAAGAUUUCUUGGCUAUGAAGGGAACAAAACUCCCUCAUCGACCAAGAAAACGAGCCAAGAACAUCGAUAAAGGCCUUCAGCAACAGAAUGGUAUGUAUAUGUCUGAUCUGAACAAAAGUCGGUAUGAAGUUAGAGAGAAGAAAAGUGUGAAGAAGAUCGAAUAUUCUGGUUUAGUGGAGAUUAGAUUACAGCAGAAACGAAGAGGAUUGAAAGGCAUGGAAAACUUGGAUUCCGACUCAGAGUAGGCAAGUGUGGAUCGCAACUGACGCACGUGCGAAAGCGAGUUAAUGGUCGGGGACUUCCUCUGUUUUUUUUUUUUUUUAUCUUAAUUUUAUCUUUUUUUUUUUCAUUUUUGUUUAUCUAUAUUAUAUAUAUAUAUAUUUUUUUUUUCCUUUUACAUGUUCCGAAAUUCUUUUUGUUUUUGUUUUUGUUUUGUCCUACUCUUCUCGUGUACAAAAAUGAAAGGCAAAGAUGCGUCUUGGUAAUUCCUCUUUCAAAAAAAGUGAAAAAAGCAAUAAAUAAAAAUUUGGUUUGCUUGCAUCCCCUUCCAUAUUAU